UUUACUUCAAAUAUUUUGUCCAGUUUUAUUUAUUACGUUCAUUCUGUACAUCUUUGCAUAUUUAAAUUUUCCAUAAAUACGUCACCAUACUACUUUAAUUACAAAUAUAUAUAAAUAUUUAAUAACUUUUAAAAUUUUUAAACGGGAUACUUUAUCCAGAAAGCUACGAGAUAACAAUUUACCAUAAAAUUACUUAAUAAAUUUUCUAACUACAUCGUAUAAUCGUGAUCGCAGCCAAUCAACUCAUAUUAUUUAUUACACAAUUUAGAAUAAUUAUAUCAUGUAUAUUGAUGUAAUUAGUAAUUGCAUAUGAAAUAAUACUAAUUGCCCAGUUAAACGUUAGACUGAAACAUGAUGGAGAUACGCGUGGAAAGUAAACACGCGCGAGCUAAUAUAAUUUCAACGAACUAGAUUUAUGGAUCUAAAACUAUACUCAAUAUACGUGUCAAUUUAAUUUAAUUAAAUCAACUUCUUUUUUGCACAGCUUUUUCUUUUGUGGAGGGUUUCCUAUCUAUUACCGUGCGAAAAUUUGAUUAAUAAAAUAAGAAAAAUUACUAAUAUUUUUUAAUAACAAACUUAAAAUAUUGAUAAUAAAUUCAUUUCAUCACAAAUUAUUAAUAUAUAUAAUGCUUCUUAUUGAGCCGUGCUGGCUCAAUGGAUUACGAAGGUACAUUAUUAUCGUUCAUAAAACGAAUUUGCAAUAAAUUUCGCUUUUAAAUGUUACAAUAUAGCUCACGAGGGAAUAUGAAAAUGUAUAUGAAGGAAAUAAUAUAAAGGAAACUCAGAAAAGUUUGAUCGAGUGUUUUAAUAUAUUGUAGGAUUUCUCCUACUUUAUAGGUAAUUGUAUAAUUCCGGUUUAAUUUCUCCUGUUUGUAAUUAUAUAAUUAUUACACAUGAUUAUAAAACACAUGAUGUACAGUAACUGUGGUGUCUAUUUUCAUCUGUUACGUGUGUAAUAUAUAUAAAUAUCGUAAGAAAACAUGAUACAAUAUACCUUAUGAUUCGUAUAUUCUAAUAUUGGAACUCAGAUAUGAAGUAGCGAACGGUGGAAUUUCGCCUUGCUACUUUAAUCAAAGAUAAACUGAUAAGAUUGCAACUGAUAGUGAUAGUUAUUUAAAAUAAAUUAAUUAAAUAGCGUUUCCAUAUUGAUGCGAAGUAUACGUACAUACAUGUACAUAUGUACAUACGUGUUCGUAUGUACAUAUAUCGUAGCACUGAAUCGUACUAACACUCAGUAAGUAAUUCUUCUUUAUUAAACAGCUUAUUCGUCGCGUAAAAUUAAACUGUACAAAAAAAUGUCAGGAAAUAAAAAGAGUUGACGAUGCCAACGUAUUCGUGGUAAAAGCGAAAACGUAAAGUGUUGUUUAAAUUAUACAUCGUGCGAGUAAUUUUACGGUUCCCAAGCAGGUAUCUCACUUCACGUGCACAGUCACAAAGAUCCAUUGUACCAAACACAGUUGCUAAUAAGUAAGGCAGUUGAUGCGUCUCAAUAUAAUGAAAAACGAACGAUUAAAAUUCAUUUGUUUCAAGUUUCGGAAAAUAAGCUCUGUUCUAAAGCAAAAUUCAGACAUUACUUUGCUGAAAUGCAGUGUAUAACCUUUCGGUAGCCAUGCCCAUAAAUUAAUGUAUAAAAGAAAAGAUUUCUGUACAUGGAAAUAAUUUAAAUUCCACUUAGUCUGGAUAAUGCAUUUAAUUAAAUUAACGUAUCAUUAGGAAAUAUAUAACAGAAAAAUGUCUGCUGGAACAGAAUUAUUAUCCACAGCGGAACCACAUCUUAUUCCAGGAUAUGCCGGAUAUUGUCCUCAAUAUCGCUACAGAUGUGGUGAAACGUAUGGAAAUCUUACGCACAAAGUGCUUCUUGAUCCUACAGUGAAUCAUGCGGAGACCCUCAUUUUAUCGAACCGUAUCUCCGACGAUUACGAGGUCCAGAGGCCACCGAAAAAUGACAUAGACGUAGUAAAUGCUAGAUACAAAAGGACCGACCCUAUAUUUAUUCAUCCUAUAACACCAAGUUACGAAGGAUUUACUCCAAAACUAAAAGCCAGAAAUGGACAAAGAUACACGGUGUUGGCUACAGAAGGACUUGCCGAAUUUGAACGACAACAAUUAAGAAGUAGAGCGGCUCUUAAUGAACUUAAACGAAUUAUAGAUAUACAAGCUGGACAGGGUGAACCAAGAAAUUUAGAGGAUCGUUUGCUCAUAAAAAGUGAGUUUAAACUGCCUAUGCUAACAGUUCGACCUGAUUGCGUGGGUGUAACGAGGAAUUUAUUUCUGGACGAACAACACGAAACACCCAGCGAUCACUCUCCAUCCCCUUACUUUAUGGACAAUGCAAAUCCGCAAAAAUACUUUAUCAGUCGAUACGGCGGUCAUAUACCAUACGGAUAUGCGCAUUUUGGAAAAACAAACGUUCCGGCUACUAACAGCGCCCUUUGCGAUUUUACAUCUGAUUAUCGAAAACGACAAAGUACAGAAUGGGCACCAGUAACAAUUUCACGACCUGAUCCACCUCUAUUAAUUCAACCCACUAUUAUUUACCAUAAACAUGUUGGUAUGCUUCCAAAUUAUCUUGGACAUGUUCCUGGAGAAACAUUCAGAUUCGGCAAAACUUUCGGAGCUGACACUAAAGAUGCGAAAAGAUGGCUCCGUGGUGAUUUCUCUGCAUAAAAUAUAAAAUACAAGAAAGCAGUCUUAUGCAUAAUAAGAAUUUAAUACAAGAAAAAUAACAAUGCGU